CCAAUAGCUAGCUGCAUAUCCAUAGAACACAAUGUAAAACAAAUAAACAUCGUGCGCAAAAUCUCUCUCAAAAUCUACAUUUUCCCCAAAACCUCUGCUUUCUUUCUCGCGCCGCUCACUUUCAUUGCCCAUUCAUCCUCACACGCUCUAUCUUGGCUGCUCGAUCCGCUCUUUUCGCCUCCACGCUGCCUUUGAUGCUCCCCUUCCGUCUGCGCUAGGGUUUCAAUCUCGCCGCUGUCCAGUCGCGGUUUGAAGGAGAUGGUGUCUGGUACAAGGCUUGAAGGCGGAGGUGGUCAGGUCAUUCCUGUUCGCAUUCGGAAGACGAUCCAGUCAAUUAAAGAGAUCGUGGGCAACCACUCCGACGCUGAUAUCUAUGCGGUGCUCAAAGAGACAAAUAUGGACCCCAACGAGACGGCGCAAAAACUCCUCAACCAAGAUCCAUUUCAUGAAGUAAAAAGGAAAAGAGACAAGAAAAAAGAGUUUACAGGUUACAAACUUGCUGUUGAUCCUAGAAAACACACAGAAAGCAUCCAUUGGGAAAAAUCCAAUAAACCAAUGCAUUUAAAUGCUCCCAGAGGAGGUUUGGCUGGAAGUUAUGUUCCUGAUGCCAGAAUCAACAAACAGUUUCGCAUUGUGCGGGACAAUAGAUUGAACCAAACUUUUAACAAGGAUGCCAAGUCCGAUUCCUUGCAGCACUCUCCACGAAAUGAGCAUGUUAACUCAAAUAUCUCUGAGAGGAGAUCGACAAGAAUUGUAAAUGAUCAGAAGUUGCUUAAUUCAUGCAUUUUGGACGGCCAGGGGAUAUCUCAAAACAUGAAUGCAUCAUGUUCUCAUGGUUUGGAUCAUGAGAAAAAUUUGUCCCGAGCUAGCAGAUCUAGGGAUUUGCCACUGCAAGAGAUUAUGAUCAUCCCUCAAUCUACAAAUUUAGAGCCUGAAAGAGCUGUUGUGAAUAGUUCCGCCUUAAAUUCUUCUUCAGUUUCAGUGAAUUCUGUUAUUGGUGUGUACUCUUCGUCCUCAGAUCCGGUUCAUGUUCCAUCUGUAGCUUCCAGAUCAGCUGGUUCUGUUGGUGCCAUUCGACGUGAAGUUGGAGCUGUGGGUGUUAAAAAGCAGUCUUCUGAUGUCCAGCCUACAACCUCAGAAGUUUCAAAUCAUUCUCAGUCUGUAAUCUUGGGUGGGACGGUCAUUUUAUCCACAACAGAGUCACUUCAAGACUCAGCUUCAAAUAUAAAAAAGAGUCAGGUUAACACUCAAGACUCGGCUUCAAAUAUAAAAAAAAGUCAGGUUAACCAAGUGUCUAACUCAAAUACUGUCAUGCCUACAACAUCGAAUCGCAGAGGUGUGCAGAAUAAUAGCAAACAACACCUUCAAAUUUUCAAUCACCAAAGAGCCUCGCAGCCCAACAUGGAGUGGAAGCCUAAAAGCCAAAAGCUGAAAAAUGAUAGCUCUAGCACACUUGAAACAUUUUCUGUCCUUGAAUCUUCCACUGACAAUGCCUUUAGCUCAAGCCUGGUGAAUGCUAUUGAUCUGACAGAUAAGCUUUCAAAUGUCAAUAUUCGUGGAGAACAGCAUGUUAUCAUUCCUCAACAUCUUAGAGUGCCAGAGGCUGAAUGCACAAAGUUCACGUUUGGUAGUUUUGGGGAAGGACCUGUUUCUAGCCCAGGCUUCCUGUCUACUCAACAAACAAUUGGAAGUGUCGAACAGCCAGAAGUGACAACUUCUGUCAGUAAUUCAGCAUUUGUUCCAGUUGGACCUAAUAACGGAACUUCUGUUGAAGUUGGACAUUUGGUUGAUUGUCAAGCAGGGACUUCCAGGUCUACCUCCUCUGCUUCAGCUGAAGAAUUAGAGCGGCCUCCUUCUGGAAACAAUCAACCGUUGAACUCUCAAAGCAUCGAGAGUUACGCAGAUAUUGGGUUGGUCCAAAGUCAUAGCCCUCCAUUCAAUUCUCAACAAUCACAAAGAAUACAGGAAACCCCAACCAUGCCAAGUUUUUUACAGCCAUAUGAUACUGAAACGAGUUAUGUUACUCCUUUUUUUCAAACAAGCAUGGACGAUAAUAUUCGUGGGCAAAGCUUAGCCUCUCAACCUGAGAUUCUGAAUUUACAUUCAGCAAAUAGCAACCCCUUGGCCCCAACUGCCAUUACUCAGCAGCAGCAGCAACAACAGCAGGCAUUGACACAAAUUUACCCACAGGUUCAUAUCCCCCACUACCCGAAUUUCAUGCCAUAUCGUCACAUCCUUUCACCCGUGUAUGUCCCUCCUAUGGCCUUGCCAAGCUACUCAAGCAACCCUGCUUAUGCCCACCCCUCAACCGGCAAUAGCUACCUUAUGAUGACUGGAGGAAGUUCACAUUUACCUACUGGUGGAAUGAAGUAUGCCCCUUCCCAAUAUAAGCCUUUGCCUGCAGGGAGCCCCAGUGCUUAUGGGAAUUAUUCCAGUCCGGCCACCUUUGCAAUUGGUACCCCUAGCCCCAUUGGUGGUGCCACAGGGCUUGAGGACAUGAUGAGGAUCAAGUACAAGGACAAUAAUCUUUAUGUUCCAAAUCAACAGGCUGAGCCCUCUGAUAUGUGGAUGCAGACCCCUCGAGAACUCCCAAGCCUUCAGUCAAUGCCAUAUUACAACUUAUCAGGACACACAGCUCAUCCACCUGCUUUCGUCUCAGCACAUGCCGCCGCCGCCGCCGCCAGUGGCCAUGCCUCCUUUAAUGCCGUCGCUGCCACAGCACAACCAUCUCCUCUGCAAUACCCUGGCAUGUACCACCAACCGCAGCCAGCUUCUAUUGCUGCUCCCCACCACCUUGUACACCAGCAGGUACCUCCUUCUGUAGGUUUGGCUGCUGGAGGUCCCCAAGUUGGGGCAUUUCAACAAUCCCAGCUUGGUCGCCUUAACUGGACAACCAACUUCUAACUCCAUCAAAUGGGAUGAAACUAUUAGCUUUUUCUGCUUCCAUAGUAUGCAGAUAUUAAGUCGCAAGAUUUAUCUGUAACAAAAGCUAUGAUUUUCGUAAAUACAAUGAAAGAUGCUAUUAUAUAUUCAGCAAAAGGGCUUCUUUUUUUCCUUGAAAUUUCA